AUGAGUAGUGUUGCGAAGAACAGCAAGGCGGCGCCUGAGUUGGUGAACUCUAAGACGUCGGUGUUGUGGGACAUGGACACCUGUCCGGUUCCCGAUGGAUAUGAUGCUCGUCGGGUCCGUCCAAGUAUAGAGUCGGCGUUGAAGAAUUUAGGGUACUUGGGUCCUGUAACUAUCUCUGCCAUGGGAAACCUAGCAAAGACCCCAGCUCACGUCCUGCAAGGCCUCUCUUCCUCUGGAAUCGCUGCUACACACUCCAGUAGGGUGGGCCACCACAUUUUCUGUGAUUGUAUUACAUUCAAAUCAAAUAAUCCACCUCCGGCGACAAUAAUGAUCAUAUCCGAUAAGGUGGAAUCCGAUUUGACGAUCCAACUUUCUCGGAAUCAACAAUUUGAGAGUGGAUACAACCUUGUUGUGGCAUCUAAUGAUAAUAUUUGGAAAUGGACACCCCUUUACACUACUGCAAACUGGCUCUGGAAAACCAUACUGACGGAUGAUCAACAGGAGACACGAAGAUCUGUUCUCCAGAAGUGCAGUCAAUCUGGUGAAUCUGCCUCGUUAUUCUGCGAAUCAUGCCGUUUUACUGCCUCAAGCGUUACAAAUUUCACCUAG